AUGAGUGCACAAGCCGUGAAUAACCUUGUUCAACAACAACAAGUUCCAAGACAGGUUCAACAACAACAAGCCGUAGCUCAGGCUCAACAACAAUUAACUGCUCAAGAACAAGAACUGAAGAAUGCCACUGCUGAAACUUGGUUAGCCAUUGGUUCUUUAGCCGAAUCAGUCGGUGAUGCCGAUAGAGCUGCUGCUGCUUAUGAUGCUACACUAAGACAUUCUCCAAAUUCUGCACCUGCUCUAACCUCAUUAGCCAAUCUAUAUAGAGCUCGUGAUAUGUUUGCCAAAGCUGCUGAAUUAUAUCAAAGAGCUUUGACUGCUAAACCUGAUGCUGGUGAAACUUGGGGUCUUUUAGGUCAUUGUUACUUAAUGUUGGAUGAUUUACAAAGAGCUUAUGCCGCUUAUCAACAAGCAUUAUAUCAUUUAAGUAAUCCAAAUGUCCCAAAAUUAUGGCAUGGAAUUGGUAUUUUGUAUGAUAGAUAUGGAUCUCUAGAAUAUGCUGAAGAAGCUUUUGGAAGAGUUUUGGAAUUAGAUCCUAAUUUUGAAAAAGCUAGUGAAAUUUAUUUCAGAUUAGGUAUCAUCUACAAACAUGAAGGGAAAUUAGCUCAAGCUUUGGAAUGUUUCAGAUAUAUUCUACCAAACCCACCAGCUCCUUUAACUCAACCAGAUGUUUGGUUUCAAAUUGGUGCUGUUUUGGAACAGCAACGUGAUUAUAAUGGGGCCAAAGAUGCUUAUCAAAAAGUUUUAGAAGCAAAUCCAAAACAUGCAAAAGUUUUGCAACAGUUGGGUUGUCUUUAUUCUCAACAAGGCUCUAAUUUCACAGAUCCAGAUAUUGCUUUGAGGUUAUUGAGUCAAUCUUUAGAAAUUGAUCCAAGUGAUGCUCAUACUUGGUAUCAUCUUGGUAGAGUUCACAUGUCAAGAGGCGACUACACUUCUGCUUAUGAUGCCUUCCAACAAGCUGUUAAUAGGGACGCAAGAAACCCAACUUUCUGGUGUUCUAUUGGUGUUUUAUAUUAUCAAAUUUCUCAAUAUAGAGAUGCUUUGGAUGCUUACACAAGAGCUAUCAGAUUGAAUCCAUAUAUCAGUGAAGUUUGGUAUGAUUUGGGUACUUUAUAUGAAACCUGUAACAAUCAAAUAAGUGAUGCUUUGGAUGCUUACAAGCAAGCUGCAACUUUGGAUCCAAAUAAUCCACAUAUUCAAGCAAGAUUAGAGCAAUUGACUAAAUUCCAAAAGGAAGGUGGUACAAAUGGUGCUCUACCUCCUCCACCUCCUUCUCAACAACCAAGACUACCUCAAGGAAUGUUA